GAGUCCGCCCGGUGGCUUGCUCGGUGGUGGGUGAAGGCUCAGCUUUCUCUGCUAGUUCUCACCGUAGGACUCCUUAGGCCCUGGAAUGCGAGAGGACGAGACUCAGGGAAUUGCUGGAGUGGGGCGUAGAGGGAGCCACUCGAGGGGACUUUUCUAGUCUCUGCCUCCGUGGGGUACUAUGGAGUUCCCAGAACACAGCCAGCAGCUGCUGCAGAGCCUGCGCGAGCAGCAGUCCCAGGGUUUCCUCUGUGACUGCACUGUGAUGGUGGGGAGCACGCAGUUCCUGGCUCAUCGGGCCGUGCUGGCCUGCUGCAGCCCGUUCUUCCAGCUCUUCUACAAGGAGCGGGAACUGGAGAAGAAGGACCUGGUGUGCAUCCACAACGAGAUCGUCACAGCCCCGGCCUUUGGCUUGCUCCUGGACUUCAUGUAUGCCGGCCAGCUGGUCCUGAGGGGCGACACCCCCGUGGAGGACGUGCUGGCGGCUGCCAGCUACUUACACAUGAAUGACAUCGUCAAGGUGUGUAAGCGGCGGCUGCAAGCCCGGGCCCUGGCAGAGGCAGACAGUACCAAGAAGGAGGAGGAAACCAGCUCGCAAGCUCCUAGUCUGGAAUUUUUGCCCAGCACUUCCCGUGGUCCCCAGCCAUCCAUGCCACCAGCUGAGACAUCCAGUCACUGGGGCAAAGAUGAAUGGAAAGGCCCGAUGGCGCCCUCACCUACCGUCUGUCCUCCGGACGAGCCCCCCGGACCCAGUGGGGCCGACACCACACAGCCUGGCGUAGAGGUUGACUUGUCGCAUCUGCGGGCACCUCUCCCCACGAUGGCUGAUGUCUCUCUUGCCAGCCCCAGCAGUUCCACAGAGACCCUUCCCACAAACUUCUUCACUUCCGGCCUCCCAGCGGUUUCCGGGGAGCCACUGGCAGCUCUUGAUGUAGGUCCAGAGAGUCUGAGGGUGGUGGAACCCAGGGGGCCCAGUGGCCCAUUGCAAAGCUUUUAUCCCCCAGCCGCGGCCGCCGCUCCCAUCCCUGCCCCGGUCCCAUCCCAGGCUCCAGCCCCAGCGGAAGCCGAACUGGUCCAGGUGAAGGUGGAGGCCAUUGUGAUCUCCGACGAGGAACCUGAUGCUGCUGACAGUCAGCCACAGGGUCCCGAGGGGCUGUUCCCGCCUGCAGGAGCAAUGUAUGGGGGGCAGCCGCCCCCGCCAGAGGCGUUUGAGGAGCCCAGGGCGGCAGGACUAGAGGAAGUCGGGCCGAAUGAGCACUUUCUCCCUCCAGAACCCCCUGUCCCUUACCAUUUGCUGCCAGGCCCUGGGCAGUAUCACCGGAGCCUGGUGGCCUCGCCCCUGCCGGCGCCCCCAGCCCUACACGAGCCCCUGUACAUGCCUUCUGAGUACGAAGCGGCUCCCGGGAGCUUCGGCGUCUUCCCCGAGGAUGUGCCGACGUGCAAGACGUGCGGGAAGACCUUCUCGUGCUCGUACACGCUGCGGCGACACGCCACCGUGCACACUCGCGAGCGCCCCUAUGAGUGUCGCUACUGUCUGCGCAGCUACACGCAGUCGGGGGACCUGUACCGCCACAUCCGCAAGGCUCACAAUGAGGACCUGGCCAAGCGCAGCAAGCCGGACCCAGAGGCCGCCCCCCACCUCGGGGUGCAGCCCCUCCCCAGCUCCCCCCCAGCAGACAGACAGAACAGCGGGGGUGGGGGGCCACCCAAAGACUUUGUACAGGGCCCCAAAAACUGAGA